GAUACAAAACGGCGUUCCAUUACACGUGCUGAAUUUUUCGGUGAGCGAAUGAAAUGAAUAAUAAUUAUUUUUUAUAAGAUUUAUUUUAUUCUUAAAUGUCAUUAAUUGGCGUAUGUUUUGGACCGGUUCAGAUCGGAAUCCAUUCAAGUUGGAUUAUGAAGAUUAUUGUAGUGGGAGAUACUUAAAAUCUUGGCGACAUGGCAGCAAAGCAAAAAAAUAUAUUUACUCGAAAUAAGCCUCUUAUGAACAUUUACAGCGGGAUCGAUCAUGACGGAAAAGAGGUAGAGGUACGAGAGGAUGCAGAGCAAAUAGUAAAAUGGCACGAAAUAUCAGAUGCACUUGUCGCAGCCGGCUACUACCGAGCCCAACUACAAGGCUUGUCACCUUUCGACAAAAUAGUUGGCGGGUUAACUUGGUGUAUAGAACUCUGCGAUAUAGAUGUGGACAUUAGUCUUCUUUUUGAAGAGAAUUUAACUAUCGGUAAGAAAAUAGCAUUGACAGAAAAGAUUGUAAAAAUAUUGCCAAGUAUGAAAUGCCCAUAUAUAAUUGAACCACAUCAGAUACAGGGAUUGGAUUUCAUCAAUAUUUAUCCUUUGAUCCAGUGGUUGAUAAAGUAUUCAAGUGAGUUUCGUGAGGCUAAGGAGGAUGAACUAAGGAGAUUUGCUGUAAUGCAAUAUGACAAAAAUUAUAUAUUUGAAUCAGACAGAUCUCGAUUUGUACAAAAAGAGAAACUAUUGAAAAAUUUGGCAAUUGUCAGGAAUUUAUACAAACCCUGUAGAGUGCGCAAAAGGAAAGGUGGACUUCCUGCUAAUGAACUAGAGCAAGUUAAUGCCACACUUUCUGAAUAUGAUCAACGCAUGCUGAUGCAUGUGUCCAGUAACAAAACUGACAGCAAAAAAGAUGAAGGAUUGGACUUCUUAUAUGAUUAUGAAAAAGCUUUAGUGGAUCCAUCUAAAAUAACAAUUGAAGCUGACAGAUAUGCAAAAGGUGAAACUGGUGAUUAUGAUGCAGACACAAAAGUACACUAUGCUGUCCUGCACUCAGAACUUACUGGGGAGGUUUCAAAAGAACUUGAACAAAGUGAAAAGUUAAAAUAUUCAGAGGAUGUUCAGAAGUUAAUGAAAGCAAUAGAUAUAAUGGAAAAAGAAGUAAAAACGUCAAAAGAGGAACAUGAGAGCAGAAUGGAGAGUGCAAAAAAGCAAUAUGUAGACGUAGUGGCUCAGCUUAAAAAAAUCACAUAUAACUUAAUGAAAUCUGAUGAAUACAGUGAAAAAGAUGUAAAGCAAUUUUAUAAAUCACUUAAAGAGUUAGCAAGAGAAAGAAAUGAACUCAUGCAAAUAAUAGAACACAGAGAAAAGGAGAACAAGAAAUUGGAAGAAGAGUUACAUGUCGCCCAGAACAUUGGUCCGAAAAUUGAUGAUCAACCACUUACUCCAGGAGAGUUAAAACUGUUUCGAGAAAGGGAAUCAAGGUUGAAUUCUUUCGUGGCACACAUUCGCUUGGAACUCGUCUACAUUAACCGUGAUAUUUUAUGGCACAUGAAGGCCAUCGACGAGGUCCCUGGCACCGCAGAGCUGUUGCAAUACGAGAAGAGAUUUAUCGAAUUAUAUAAUCAAGUUGCAUCGAAACACAAAGAAACUAAACAGUAUUAUAUAUUUUAUAAUACAUUGUAUGAAGUGAAACUGUAUACUUCGAAAGAAUUGAGUUUACUGAAUUCUAUAUUGGAUAAUUAUGAAGAAGCAAUGUCAUCACCUAGAAAGAGAGAAGAAUUUAUGACGCAAUUUGAAUCUAUAGUUGAUUGGGUGAAUCAAACUGUCAGGAAAGUCGAGGAAAAAUAUAGGAAUGAGAAGGAACAGAAGGCAACGUUGUACAACGAAUACUCGCGACUAAUGGACGUUCAGAGACAAUAUGCAGCGGCACUCAAGAAACUGGCGGCAGAGCGACAGAAAUUCGGCGCGCACACCGAAAACCAUAGUUGAGCCAAUUGCAUUACAAGGGGAAUCAAAGUGCAAUAAUCCUUCCUGAACGUUAACAUAAACCGCGUCUAUAUGUUAUCUAGUCUAUAAAUGUUUAUGCAGGUGUAUUUCGAUUUCGAAUUUAUACCUUUUUUCAUUCCAAUUCUAUAUUUAAACCUUCACUAUAUAAUAUUAUUAAGACUGAAUAUCAAUGUUUUAUUAUAAUGUAUUGUUUUGUACAUGAUUAUAGAUAUAUCAUAAUCCAUUCCAUUAAGAAACGAAUCAAAAAUAACUGCUUAUCUCGGUUUUUGCUCACACAAUAUCGCUGUACAUAUUCAUACACCAUAGUAGUGUACGCAUAAAAAAUAAUCACACGUUAUUUUGCUAAUAAAAAUACUCUAGUAUACAUACUUUUGUGGUCUUUAACUAAAGGCCGCCUACGUGUUUUUUAUUUUAAGAAAAUAGAUUUUUUUGCCAUCGUUAUGUGCCUACUGUCAACGCAAGUACAAGCCGUCAUUCGAGAUUAGUUUCAUUAGUGGAACAAGUUACAAUUUAGCCUACAGUAUAUAUUAAUUUUGUUAUGAUACACUAUACUUAGAAAAAGCUUCAAAUCCAUAUCACCGUGGCGAAAUAAUUUUGUUCUAAUACUGUUUACACAAAAUAUUUUUCGUAUCCGCUGUAUGAAUAUUUAAUAAAAAAAGAAUA